UUACUUGAAGGUGGAUUUUGGAAUAAAAAUCGCUUCAGGAGAUGGAAUUACAGGAGAGCCUGUACCCUUAGACUACAAGAGUGUCACCCCUUCUCGGAUUCCAGUGUGUCUGAUGUCCGCCCUCUCUCCAGCACCGCCCCCUUGGCCCCUCCUUCAGUCCUGCCUGCCUGCACUGGGAGCCAGUCUCCCAGAGGUUUCAGGGCACUGGUCCUGAACCAGAGCUGUGGGAAGCGAAGGUAGACCUGGGCUGCAGUGGGUGUGGGGUCAAGGCAGAAGUGUGGGCUGGAAGAGCAAGGAGGACUGAGGCCAAUCGAGUCAGGGGACGGUGGAGGGGGUUCAUGGAGAGUGAGGCAAGGGAGUGGAGGUGGUGGUAGGGGUCUGGGGAGGAAAGUGCUGAGCUGGAAGAAGGCGCUGGGGUUGUGCACAGGGCACAGGGAGGAGCUGAGUGAGAAGGCAGCCACGCUGUUGGUCUGGGACCCGUGCUCCGGGGCGGGUCGGAAGGCACCAGGGAGGAGGUCUGAGAGGACAGGGAGCCCGGAGAGGACAGGGAGCCCGGAGAUCUUGGGUCCGAGCCGGAGCACGUGCGAGUGUGAUCGCUCAGGUGAGGGUGGUGGAGCCAGAGUUUGAGCUGGGUUCCAGAUCCACGCUGGAGAAUCUGGGGUGCAGUGAACAGUCGGGGAGCGUGGGCAGGAACCGGCGCCUAGGGGCCCUACGCUGGGAAAUGCGGGUGCGUCUGGGCGCUCUGGCGGGCGCGGCGGCAUUGAGCGGGGCGCUCAGUUUUGUGCUGCUGGCGGCCGCCAUCGGAACGGACUUCUGGUACAUCAUCGACACCGAGAGGCUGGAGAGGAGCAGCCCCGGAGCGCAGGACCGGGGACCCGCCAACCGCAGCCAGCUGGAGCCGCUGAGCUCCCACUCGGGUCUCUGGCGGACUUGCCGGGUCCAGAACUCCUGCACGCCGCUGAUGAACCCCUUCUGGCAGGAGAAUGUGACGGUCAGCGACUCGAGCCGACAGCUCCUCACUAUGCAUGGAACAUUUGUGAUCUUGUUGCCACUUAGCCUGAUUGUGAUGGUGUUUGGGGGAAUGACCGGGUUCCUGAGCUUCCUUCUCCGAGCCCACCUCCUCCUGCUGCUCACUGGGACCUUAUUUCUCUUUGGAGCCACGGUGACCCUCGCUGGAAUUAGCAUCUACAUAGCAUACUCAGCAGCUGCCUUCCGGGAGGCGGCUUGCCUCCUGGAGGAGAGGGCCCUGCUGGACCAGGUGGACAUCCACUUUGGCUGGUCCCUGGCCCUCGGCUGGAUUAGCUUUGUUUCUGAGCUGCUCACAGGAGUGGCCUUCCUGGCAGCUGCGCGAGUGCUCAGCCUGAGACAGAGGCAGGACCAGGCUAUCUGAGUUUGCUCAGCCCAGGAGGCCCAGAGUCUUUUGGGCUCAUCUCCGUGAAUGGCAGUCUUUUCUUCCUCAAACGCCUUUCACAGCGGCCAGAGGGUCCACGGUGCCCACUGUGGGUGAGCCCCGCCUGACUGUUGCCCUUGUGCUAUCUGGAAUGCUCACUCUGCUGUGUUGUGUGCAUGUGUGUGUGUGUCUGGUGGCCUGCAAGAGGAGAGGGUGUGUGGAACCCAUAUCACCUGAAAUAAACUCCAAUCCUAACCACCUGGGA